GUUGUGAUUUCGGUGUACGUGGCGCCGAAAUAGGUGAUCCGCUCAACAUUCCAUACUCAAGUGGUAGGAUAUAUCGAAGAAAUGUGUGACACUGCCCUCUAGUGCUCACAGUCGCACAUGCCUCUCGCCUCUAACGCCGGCGCUCUGCCAAAACAACACGCUGCUCCCUCGGCUCUCUCUGCCUGUCAUCCGUUCUUUCAAAGGGUGGCGUGGAAACAAUUUUUCCUGCGCAAGGACCCGGCAUCACCCAGAGAACCGCUGCUCCUUUGCUGAAACGUUUAUUCCAGAGAUAUGAGUCAUUGCGUCUUGAUAUUCAAGCUUGCUGGCUAGUGGUGUUUUCGUGACCCGAAGCAAGAAGAGGUCCCAGGAAGGGUGUCAUGGACGGUUUGUUGCUGCAGGUCAACAAUGGGGAGCAGUGGUGCAACCGCUGGAAACACCCUAACGAUGAUUCUGAGCGCAGCACGAGCCCUUCGGUCCUGCGGUGUCUUACGAGCACGUGGAAGGAAGGAUUGCUGAACAGGAAAAGGCCUUUUGUUGGUCGCUGUUGUCACACUUGCACGCCACAAAGCUGGGAGAGACUUUUCAACCCCAGUAUUCCCUCCCUGGGACUGCGCAAUGUCAUUUACAUUAAUGAGACACAUACAAGGCAGCGGGGUUGGCUGGCUCGCAGGUUGAGUUAUUUGCUAUUUGUCUUGGAGAGAGAUGUUCACAAAGACAUGUUCACCAGGAACGUAGUGGACAACGUGCUCAACAAAGAAGGGGUGGAAAGUGCCAUCACACAAGUGGCAACAGAUCUAAGUGCAUCAGCUGGAGAGCUUGGCCAACAGCCUAGGACUGUCAGUUAUGCAAAGCAGAAAGCCAGAAUUCUUCUCGAGAAGAUGGCGGCCAACAUUUCCCCGUCCUUCAUUAGGCUGACAGGUUGGGUUCUCCUGAGACUCUUUAAUGGAUUCUUCUGGAGUAUUCAAAUCCACAAGGGUCAACUGGAGAUGGUUAAGAAAGCCGCUACAGAGGAAAAUGUGCCGAUGGUCUUUCUCCCUGUCCACAAAUCUCACAUUGACUAUCUUCUCAUCACCCUGAUUCUAUUCUGCCACAACAUCAAAGCUCCUCACAUUGCUGCCGGGAACAACCUGAGCAUCCCGAUCCUCAGUACUCUGAUCAGAAAACUGGGUGGAUUCUUCAUACGGCGUAAAAUGGAGGAGACAGGAGACGGCAAGAAAGACAUCUUGUACAGGUCUCUUUUACAUGGGUACACAGAGGAGCUGUUGCGCCAACAGCAGUUUUUGGAAGUGUACCUGGAGGGCACGCGCUCCCGUAGCGGCAAGCCCUCUCCAGCGCGUGCAGGAAUGCUCUCCAUUGUGGUGGAUACACUGUGCACUGGAGCCAUUGCUGAUGUCCUGGUGGUGCCAGUUGGCAUCUCCUAUGACCGAAUUAUUGAGGGCAACUACAACAGUGAGCAACUGGGAAAACCCAAAAAGAACGAGAGUCUGUGGGGAAUCGCCUGUGGGGUCUUCAGAAUGUUGAGGAAGAACUAUGGUUGUGUCCGGGUGGAUUUUAAUCAGCCAUUUUCUCUGAAGGAGUACCUUGACUCCCAGAGAAACAGACACAUUCCUCAACCUGUGUCAUUGGAACACGCCCUGAUGCCCACAAUCAUUUCUACGCAGCCAGAUGUGCAGCUGUUUGAGGGGCAAGAGGACAUCCAACAAAACGGAGAACUGCCUGAUGACAUCUUCAGGAGACAACUGAUCAACAACCUGGCCAAACACGUUCUCUUCACGGCGAAUAAGUCGUCGGCCAUCAUGUCGACACACAUCAUUGCCUGUCUAUUGCUUUAUAGACAUAGACAGGGAGUGGCUCUGUCUAAACUGGUGGAAGACUUCUUUAACAUGAAGGAGGAGAUACUGUCGCGGGACUUCGACCUAGGUUUCUCUGGCAACUCAGAGGACGUGGUGAUGCGAGCUCUCCACCUACUGGAAAACUGCAUCAACGUGACCAGCAGUUCUAAUCGCAAUGGCGAGUUCACCAUCUCUCCGAGCCAAACUGUCCCAGCACUUUUUGAGCUUAACUUCUACAGCAAUGGCCUUUUCCAUGUUUUCAUCUCUGAUGCCAUCAUUGCCUGCAGCAUCCUGUCCCUGCAGCGGGAGAUGGUUUUGGACUCAGAGCCUGCACAGCAACAAGGCCUCAACAGUCUCCCCCUCAGUCAGGAGAAACUUAUCCGCAAAGCUGCUGGACUUUCACACUUCCUCAUCAACGAAGUGGCGAUUGCCCCGCCGUGUCAGACCAUUUAUCAAGUUUUCCAUGAUGCGGUGACCCGUUUGAUCCAGUAUGGAGUUCUGUACGUUGCUGAGGAAGAUCAGGAGGAGCUGAGCCUGAGCCCAACGGAAGAACCAUGGGCAAAAACCUUCCCAGAGCCAGUCUCUUGGAGAAGUGAUGAGGAGGAUGAAGAUAGUGACUUUGGAGAGGAGCAGAGAGAUCGUUACCUGAAGGUGAGCGUCUCAGCAGAACACCAGGAGUUCUUUGUCUUCCUUCAGCACCAGCUCAGCCCAGUACUGGAGGCCUACAGCGGUGCUGCUAUUUUUAUCCACAGUCUGAGUCAACCCAUGCCGGAGUCAGAAUACACGUCCAGGCUCUUUAGGUACCUGCUGACUCGGACAGAGAGAGGAAUCGCCGCUUAUGGCGAAAGUGCGACUCACUACUUGGUCAAGAACACAGUGAAGACGUUCAAAGAGCUUGGGGUCCUGAAGGAAAGAAGAGAAAAUGGCAUUACAGCUUUGGAGUUGAGCAACACCUUUCUACCUCAGGCCAACCGCAACAAACUGCUCCACUACAUUUUGGGCUUCACCCUCCUGUGAUGAAGAAGUGCUCGCACUCCCAGGCUCCUUCCAACAAAGGGCUUCUACUGGUCAUUUCUAAACAAUCCCAGGUGCUAGUCUGUGGAAAGCUUUUACCAGGAAGUGCCUUCAUAAGAAAGCAGCUCAUCGGUCUUCCUCCAUUGGUACCACUCCAUGACUUCUUCAUCGACUUUCAGCUGAGAAACUCUAGCUGAGAAACUUUGAACAACAAUAGAAAAGAUCAGCUCAAGCAGGUCAAACAGCGCUGUUGGCAGCAGCAACAGCGACAACAGCGCACUGUAGGACAUCAUGUACCUAAGAACACUACCAUAAGUCAUUCAGUGCUUUUCCACUGUGGUACACCUGUUGCGUAGUUUAGCGUUGACAGCACCUUCCACUACCUUAGUCAAGGUUUAUUAUUCUAAGCAACCCAUUAACAACCAGCCAGUGCUUGAAAAUCCCUACACAAACUUCAGCUUCUGUAAGUGCAUUAAACACGUGUGGAUUAGCUUUUAAACAUGAUGAAUGAGUUUGUGACGAUACAUUAUAAAUGUCACCAUCGCAACUCGUGCUUGGAUUCUUUGAUCAUGCUCAAGGGAUUCAGGAACAUUGCCACUGUGUUCAGAGUGAAAACACGAAUGAUGCCUUUUCUGUGUCAGUGCUGAGACGUUUGGAUGUUUGGUGGGAGACUUGUAUAUCACCACGGUAUUUCUGCUCCAAUCAUUGUGUUGCAAUUUCACCUGUAUUUAAAAAAAAAUCUUUGCUUUCAAGUUUUGCACUUCAAAAGAAAAACAUGUCAUUCUUGUUCUGCAAAAACUAAAUGUGAAGUGCAUUUGAAAUAUUUCACUGAACAUCCUGAAAGUCUCUUUGUGUUUACGGUUAAUUUUAUUUUCCCAAUGAAUAGAGGUUUAUCUAUGCAAAUCUGACAAAGUAAAUCUGAAGUAACUUCCCAAAUAUGAUCAAAGAACUGCCAGUGGUGAAGGUGGUGUCAUAGUGAAGUAUUUAGGGAAGUCUCUCAUGGCUGGUUAUGUGAUGAACUGUCAUUGGGAUUGCAUUAUUAGAAUCAGAGAAUAGAUAAAUGUGUUUUUGGUGUGGGAUGCUGGAGUGUGCUCGCAACUGCUACAGUAGUAUCCCUGAGCCGGCCAGAGGCAGCACUCUCCCAGAUGUAGCUCUUGAUUCCCUUGUGUACGUGUCCAUGCGUAACCCAUAUGUGAUGGUGCUGGCUCUUGGCCUGUCCCGGCCCGGACGUAUAACCAGUAAUUCCCAUUUUGAAUGCGGCAAGUGUUAAAUAUUACACCCGGAGGUGCAAACAUUUGCAACAAUCAAAUUACUGUAAAAUCCAUAUACAUGUGCAUAUGCAUAUUCAUCCUACUUCUACUGUAUUAAUUCAAGGUGUUUGCGCAGCAGAGAGCAAAGAGUGCAAUUUUUGCAUUGGUUUCUUUCCCUCUGUUUCACUAUGGCAUUGAUGCCUAACAAUUAUGACGAACAUGGAAGAAAAGAGGAAAAAAAAAACAAAUUACUGGGACUCUAACUCUCUGCUGUGCUUGCUUCAUGUCUUCAUUUGAAGACGUGUUGUUCCUCUGAGCCGCCAUUUACAUUUUCUGUUCUUACUAACCUGGCCUCCAUGGUUUUUUUGGAUAAUUACAAUUCAUUCAGCCCUGUCAGACUAUUGAUUUGAGCCAGCAUAUUCUGCACAGCUCCAAAACAUCUGUAUGGUUUUGUGGCAAGUGUCCCUGAUGUGGUUUUGGGGGUUUGUGGUUGCUGCUGAGGUUAGGUUUGUGUAAGCAAUUGUCAGUGGAGGUUUGCAUUGUGUUCACUGUGUGGAAGGGAGAUUUGAUAAUGUGAAUCUGUUAUUUAUUAAUGACAACAAAUACGGUUGAUCUGAAGCCACUUUUUGCUACUGUGUCGACGGUUUGCUAUUAAAGGCAGCUGUGAAUUGAAAGGAACGACUCGACGCAUGUUGCAGGGAUGUGAAAUGUCCACAAUGGUGGCAAGAAUUUCUGAUGAUAAUGCAACCCCUGGGCCGUAUUGCAUGUUCCUUGUCGCUUUUAAACAUUGAUACUUAAUGUAAAGCAGAGAAUUGUGUUGCGUGUGUGCGUGCGUGCGUAUAUAUGUGUGUGUGUGUAGAGGAUGGAGUUGCAAAUGAAUGUAAUCUGACCCUAGAAAAGUUAUUAGAUUUGCUGAUAGGUGGGAGGAUGGAGUUGCAUUGACAUCCCACUGUAGACAAGAGUUUUGCCUGAAUCUGUGGAGCAGGUGCCUUUUAAUGCACUGAUGUGUUUUAUUUAGUUUUUGCUGCACGUUGACUCCAUGAGGUUGUUAUUUAGGAAGUAAUUGAACUUGUAGAAUUAGGAUCACCAGCUGCUAAAAAAAAUGUUUCCUUUUUUCUUGCUUUGAGUAAAGCAAAGCGGUACUGGCUUCAAUUUGUUUUUAAAUAAAUUAAUAGGAGAUGACAACAUGUGUGUUUGAUUAUUGAUCUAAUAAAUGUUCCACUCUUCCUACAUUUGCUAUUAUGUAACGUCAUUAAUCGUCACUAAACCAACUCAGGUCUGGUCACUGGAUACUACUACAGCAGUAACUGUAGAAGUAUGGAUCCAUCUUAGUACCUGUUGAUCUUGGUUUAAAUGUCCUGGCUUUUUUUUAAGGCCAUUUCUGAAUUCACACACACAAUUGAUACAUAAAGGCAGCUUAGCAUGGUG